UCGCAGACACAGUCGCUAGGUACUGUGUCACCGCUUCGUCCUUUGUCAUCCUUCCUAGAGAGUGCCACGCCUCCCAUUUUGCUCUUCCAGUGAAAUCAAAAAAUCCGGGUUUGGUUGUAGUGCAUUCUCCCUCCUUGGCCUGCUUGAAGUAACCGUAGAGCUGGAGUUUCUGCUCGUUACUGAGCCUCAGACCCGAGGCGUUCCUCAUGUAUUCUGCAGCUCGCUCGAACCUCUCUCUUUCCGCCAUGCCUCCUUCCAGCUAGUCGAGGGGGUUAAGUGGGUGUGCCCCGUUCAUAUUACGAGCCUUUUUCGCUGAAGAAGCAGCGCGGGUCUUGAGAGAGACGAUGCACCGGCUUCAGGGAGUCGCUGUGCAAUUGCUCCAGCAGGCGCAGAAGACGACACUGGUCGCCCAGGGCCUCUGCUGCUUGGUAGUCUUCUUCUACCUUCUCGGUUUCGCACCCAGAGUCGCGGAGAACGUGGCCGUCACACCUGCCUAUAUAAUGCCUCCUAACGUCAAAGUGUGGACGUUAGUGACUGCCACAUUCUUUGAGAGAAGGAUUGUCUAUGUUGUGUUGGAUGUACUGGCCCUUAUUGGAUUCUCUGCAGUUCUCCAGCCUUUCUGGACUGCCAGAGAGUUUGCAAUAUUUUCAGCAAUUGUGAGCGUAUCGUGUCUCGUGUCCGGAGUGGGUGUGUCAAUCCUGCUCUACGCCCUAUCACAGUCUGUCUCUUUCUUAUUUGUCUCCUAUCACGGUAUGAUUGGCCUGGUCUGCGGAUACGUGGUGGCAGUCAAGCAAUAUCAUCCUGACAGCGUUCCUUUCCCUCCACCCACUCCCCCAACACUCAGAGUCAAGCAUGUCCCACUGACUGUAGCCACUGUCUUCCUCGUCCUCUCCCUGUGUGGAGUAAUCUCCUAUGCCUCGCUGUGGCUGGUUCUCAACGGGAUCUCCAGUUCCUGGGUCUACCUGCGGUUCUUCCAGAGGAACCAGCAGGGCUCGCGUGGGGACAUGUCUGAGAGCUUUUCAUUUGCCUCUUUCUUCCCCGAACCAAUCCAGCCAGCUCUGGCAAGGCUGGGCGGUUUCAUCUAUCACAUGCUGGUGUCCGUGAAAGUCUGUCCAAAGAUUGAGAUGACGUAUGAUGUAGGGGCUCCCUCGCAGAUUAACCUCACUCUACCUGGCACUGACCGCGUUGACGCACAGAGACGAAAUUUUGAAGGAAUGGCCAGCUGCGUGUGCGAGAUGAACCAAGGCAAGACACUACUCCGUUGCUUCCCACCUUCCGAGAAGAUGAUACGUGCGGCAGAGGACGGGGGAGGCAGUGAGCGGGACUGCAGAGAAGCCUCCUCGCCGUCCUCCUGCAGCAGCCGGGGCUCCAGCCGGUCCUCGGCCAGUCUGGAGCGAAGAGUGAAUCGUGAGGCCGACAAAGACCGCAUUCUUGACAAGGUGCGGGUUCUUCAGCAGGAGGCAGUGGCAAUAAAAUCAGAGAUAUCAGGUGGGAGGGUGGAUGCUAACCACGUGAAGUUGGCUCUAGAGAUGAUGCUACAGGAGCACUCUCUUCUGGGAGACACGGUGUCCACCGCUGCACUUGCUCUUGAGACUUUCAACAGGCGGAGUGGUGGACACGCAGCCAGCACCAUCGCCACCUGCCAAGCCUCGCUCAGAGAAGAGCUGAAAGUGCUGGCUGAGCACCUGUCAGCGCUGGAGGAGGUCUUUCGUAGUGGGUGUGGCCUUCUCUGGUCAUCUGAACUACGCCCACCCCAAACAGAAUCAAUUAAAACCAAUAACGACAGGGUCUUACCCAUUGUGGUGUCCAGUAGCUCUCCAGCAAAGAUUGAUGAAAACGACAGCUCUCCCCAUCUCCCAGACAUUUACCUUACUCCGUCUCAUCCCGUUUACUCCAGUACCUCACACCAGUCCCCCACGUCGGAGUCAAUUUCCUCCAUGCCCCACUCCUCCCCUCCAUCCUCUCUUCCGAACCUUGACCCCUUUACCCCGGACACAAUCUCUACCCCUCCCACUCGUGACCACUCUGGAGUAAACUCCGGGGUACCUGCUACAUACUCUGGGGUGCCCACCACUCCGGUCAGUCAACCAACACACAAAAGUCCGCAGACAACGCUGGUGGGCGGGGAUUGUGGGUGUGGCUCUUCCUCAACGACUGUUCUACAGUGGCUUAUGAGCAGCGAUCAUCAAACGGCAGAGAGUGAAGAGGAGGAAGAGGAGGGUGUUGAUGGAGGUGGGUGGCGGAGAGAGGGGGUGAGAGAUGAGUUCUCUCCAGCUGGGUCUGAGAGCGUAGAGACGGGAACUGCAGUUUCAACUCUUUCUCCGCCCACUUCCUCUCCGUGUGCGGAUAGUGGAAUAGCUUCGUCGCACUACAGCAGCCAUCAUCAUCCACCACCUUCUAGCAGACUUUCCUCUCCUCUUCCUCUGUCUGUUACAAUGUCCGACAUUGAGGCCAUGAAAGCAGAACUGGCGAAACUUAGAGAAGAGAUACGAAACACUUCUAAUUGGAGCCCCUCACUCUGUCAGGAGUACAGGCUGUACAGCGCACCUUCUUCGACCUCCCUUCCUCCUCCACCAACUUUCUCCAUUUCCAACUCGCAACCUGGACGAGCCAGUGCCUCUGCUGGCUUCAAAGAAAGAUUUACAGCCUGCACCACUUCGAGUCUGGCUGCUGCUGCUGCGUUUGACUCCACUCCAGCUGUCCCCAGACCGUUCCAGUCACUGUCAAAGUCUCAUUCCCGUGUCUCCAGACCCCCACUAUCCAGCUCCAGCUCUCUCUCUGGUCACAGACGUCUAUUCUCAUCUCCCCAUGCUCCCCUACACUCAGACCAGCAGAGGACUCUGACCAAGUCACACCCUCACCUGGUGGACCAUUCGGUCCAGACAAUGCCAGUCACCACUCCAAACACCCAUUCCAGUACCAAAUCCUGGAACCGGACUGAGCCCGUCUAUCAUCAUCUCCAUUCAAGAUUGCCAUUCACCACUCACCCAUCUGACCCUCUCCCUUCUUAUUCUCCUCACACCCUCCCUCACAACUUUACUCCACACUUUGUGGUGCAGAGUUCCCACUACCCUCCCUCCUUCUCCUCCUCCCCUCUCUCCCAUCUCCCUUCUCAUUCCAGCAGUAUCGGAGGCCAACACCACACGUACACCACCUCCCACCUUAGUCCAUGGCUCUAGGACACAUCACUGCAGCCAGAUCAGAGGCUCUCAGUCAACCAGAAACUGACUGAAAUUUGCAUCAUUACAUCACAUCAUUGCAUAUCUCUUUCACUACACAACUUUAACUAAACCUAACCACCGUGAAUGAUGUAAUGAAACCCAAUAAGGGUUUUGACCUUGCAAUUGCGU